GAGAUCCGCAUACGUUCGCCUCGGCGUAACCGGCGGUAGCAAAAUCGAUAAUGCGCAUGCGCGGUUUACGGAUCUCGCCAUUUUCAUUUUCGCCUGUUUUGGUGGUGGGUGUACAUGUUGUCACUUCCAGCGACAUAACCGUGCGGAAAACUCGUCAAAAUGACGACGAACGUGGGGAUGGAGCAGCUCAUCCCCUUGGUGAACAAGCUGCAAGAUGCAUUCACUCAUCUCGGAGUGUCUAUGUCGCUGGACCUUCCACAAAUCGCCGUGGUCGGUAGUCAGAGUGCUGGCAAAAGCUCCGUGCUUGAGAACUUCGUAGGAAAGGAUUUCUUACCGAGAGGAUCCGGCAUCGUGACGAGACGGCCCCUUAUACUGCAGCUCAUGAACGCUAAUGUCG